UCAGACACGUGCACAAUCAUUUCAUUAGGGUUUAUCAGUCACCACCUCACCACCUCACAAUCUUCUGUUCCUUAUAUUAAGCUCCCUUAGCCGCCAGAAACCCUAACGAGGGCUUCCUCUACUCUCAGAUUCGUUGUUUGGUCAGACAGCUUAAGAUUCAACCAUGAGUAAACUUCAGAGUGAUACCCUCAGAGAGGGUAUUUCCACCAUCAUGGCUGCGUCCAAGGAAAAAAACCGCAAGUUCACUGAGACCAUCGAACUUCAGAUUGGGCUGAAAAAUUAUGAUCCCCAAAAAGACAAACGUUUCAGUGGUUCUGUUAGGUUGCCACACAUCCCUCGUCCAAAGAUGAAGGUUUGCAUGCUUGGAGAUGCUCAGCAUGUUGAAGAGGCUGAGAAGAUAGGGUUGGAUUAUAUGGAUGUUGAAGGGCUGAAGAAGCUAAACAAGAACAAGAAAUUGGUUAAGAAACUGGCCAAGAAAUACCAUGCCUUUUUGGCAUCAGAAGCUGUUAUUAAGCAGAUUCCCCGUCUUUUGGGUCCUGGUCUCAACAAGGCAGGAAAAUUUCCAACCCUGGUUACUCACCAAGAAUCGCUCGAGUCUAAGGUUGCUGAGACAAAAGCAACCAUUAAGUUCCAACUGAAGAAGGUUCUUUGCAUGGGAGUUGCUGUGGGGAAUGCCUCCAUGGAGGAGAAACAGAUCUUCCAAAAUGUGCAAUUGAGUGUUAACUUCCUUGUUUCACUUUUGAAGAAAAAUUGGCAAAAUGUGAAGUGCUUGAACCUGAAGACUACUAUGGGGAAGCCAUAUCGCAUCUAUUAAGAAGUCAUUUACUAAUUUUUGAUGUAGGGGCUGGUUAUGGAAAGCCUGAUACUUAAUAGGAGUUGUGUUUUUGUCUGAAUGGUCAAGUUUUCGUGUUUGUUGGCUGUUUUACUUUGUUUGAUGGUUAUCGACAUUGUUGUGGUAGACAUGAUAUCAAAAUCUUGUUGGAGAAGAAGCCUGGUUUUCAUUCUUUCGACAUGACCAUAUCUUUUGCGUCA